AUGCCAAAUGUGCUCUUGCAUGUGCAUCUUUUAGUGGAGCACAAAGAUAAACCUAGUUACCAGCUAUCACUUUCACCAGCAACAGAACUUGCAACAAAUGGUCAUUCAGAGUGCCUGCGGCUCCUAAUAGGGAAUACUGACCUCUACACAGCAGUGGACAUUCAAGAUGGAAAUGGACAAACUCCUCUGAUGCUCUCAGUUUUGAAUGGACAUACGGACUGCGUGUGCUCACUUCUUAAGGGUGCAAAUGUAGAUGCCAAAGACAAGUGGGGGAGAACUGCAUUACACAGAGGGGCAGUAACUGGUCAUGAAGAGUGCGUGGAAGCUUUGCUUCAACACAAUGCUAACUUUUUAAUUCGGGACUGCAAGGGCCGCACGUCCCUGCACUUGGCAGCUGCAUGCGGACAUGUAGGAGUACUUGGGGCAUUGCUUCAAGCUGCAUCCGCGAUGGAUAUUGUUCCUACAGUUUCAGACAAUCACGGUUACACACCUCUGCACUGGGCUUGUUAUAAUGGUCAUGAUACCUGUGUUGAACUUCUGCUGGAACAGGAGGUUUUUCAAAAACUGGAUGGUAACUCUUUUAAUCCAUUGCACUGUGCCGUAAUAAAUGACAAUGAAGGUUCAGCAGAAAUGUUAAUAGAUGUUCUAGGUGCUGGUAUUGUAAACUCUACAGAUGGAAAGGGAAGAACCCCUCUUCAUGCAGCAGCUUUCACAGAUCAUGUUGAAUGUUUACAACUUCUACUCAGCCAUAAUGCUCAAGUAAACACUGCAGAUUUAACUGGGAAAACACCAAUAAUGAUGGCAGCAGAGAAUGGACAAACUAAUGCAGUUGAAGUAUUAGUCAGCAGUGCAAAGGCCAAUUUGACCCUGCAGGAUAUGAACAAGAACACAGCCCUCCAUUUGGCUUGUAGCAAGGGCCAUGAAACUAGUGCCUUGUUAAUACUGGAGAAGAUUACUGACAGGAGCCUCAUAAAUUCAACGAAUACUUCAUUACAAACGCCACUGCAUGUUGCUGCACGCAAUGGGCUAACGGUAGUUGUGCAAGAGCUUCUGAGCAAAGGAGCUAGUGUACUUGCUGUAGAUGAGAAUGGAUACACGCCUGCAUUGGCUUGUGCUCCAAAUAAAGAUGUGGCAGACUGCUUAGCGCUCAUUCUGGCCACCAUGAUGCCUGUUUCAUCCAGCAGCACUUUACCCACUCUCAGCUUUAAUGCCAUUAAUCACUACAAUAAUCCUUCGAAGACUGUGUCCUUUGACUCUUUACCGAUAAUGAGAAGUGAUCAUAGCUCUUUCUGCAGUUUGAACAGUAUAGGAAGGGAAGAUGGUUACCCUUAUACUGAAGACGAUGAACUAAAUGAUUCUGAUUCAGAGACCUACUGAAGACACUGACUUGAACUUUCAUGGUGAAAGCCCUUGAAGCAUGCCCACAGCUGGAUGGGUUUUUUUUAAAAAAAUGAACGCCUUCUGAACUCCUUCAGCCAAGCGGAGCAAUUACAUUAUAGGUUUAAAGUUGAAUUUAUCAAAACAAAAAGGACACAGAAGAAUGCAGGUCUAUGGAACAAGAAACAAGCAGCUCAGAGCUUGUAAAGUUGAUGGAUGCCAAUGUUAUGUUGUUUUAAUGCUCUUUAUUUCCAGUGCCAGGAUCCAUUUCAACAGCGUACACUGGUUAAUGGUUUGAAUGAGAAAACUUUACAAUGCUGGGUGGAAUAGCACUACCUAAAAUGAAUGGGGACAUCCAAUCAAAAAUUCCCAAGUCUUAGGCAUUAUUGAAUUUAGUGAAGAAAAUGGUGUAAAAAGAUUGGUGUAUAUCACAUGAUUUGCUUGCAUGAUGAUUUGCCAAAGGGACCAAACAAACUGAUUUUAAAAGAAUAAUCUUAUGUAAAAAUGAAACACAAAUAUUUAGAGAGCUGUAAUUGAUUCUCUCUCAACCUGCAAGUUUAAAAACUUUGCUUUAACAGUAUUAAAGUAAAACCGUUCGGAGAUUUUGAUGUACAUUUGUUGAUCAAUUCUGGGUCUUACUAGAUUUGCAUGACUAUAGUAAAGGCAUUGUGUUAGAUUGGGGAGGGAAAGGGAAGAGAAAACUGAAACCUAUUUUUGAGCCAACACAAAAUGCCCCUUUCCUACUUUUCUAGUUUGGCAUAAGACCAGUGGACAUGGUGCAGUUAGGAUGAUGGUUAAUUAAAUAUUAAAAUCUACCAAGUUGUUGUGGAGAACCACCCAUUCUUUUUGCAAUUUUUCAAACCCAAAUUUUACCAGUGUAUUUUAUAAUUGAUAUUUUAAAAUAGAUUUGUAGGUGUAGAAGGCAACUAUACCACAAGUCUCAGAAAGUAAGAUUUCCUGGAUUUUGCAAUAUACUGGACUUUAGUUUUUAAUUGACAUUCACCUUGUAGAUGGUUAACUGUAUUACAGUUAUUUGAGCUACAUUUGUACAACUGUUUGUUUGGUUUCCAAUUCUUCAGUGCCUUCAUUGUUGUCUGUUUCAUUGUUAGGGAUAUACAUUCAGGGAGGAGACGUGAAGUCAUUAUAAGUGAGACUUCUUUCCAUGUUGUGAAGUUAUUUUUCAACACUCAUUUGGCACAGCCAAAAUGUUGCAGCUCUUCAGUAAUUUGCUUCACAAUAGUUUGAACUGGUUUGACAGGUGUUUGGGAAGAACAUAUCCAGAAUCUCAUGACAGGCAUAUGCUUUCAGUUGAAGCAAACAGUACUCCUCAUUCCGUUUUGCACAAUUGAAGCACAAUAGCUGUGCAUUUGGUUCUAUAAAGUAAGAAUAUGCUUUGUUUAAAGGACAUUUACCUGUUACUUCUCAAAAUGAAACAGUAUUUUCUUUUAAGCACACUACUUGGUACAAAUUAAGUUCGUUAAAAUAGUGCUCCUGAAAUGUAUUCAUUCCAAACAGCAGGCCUGGAGUGCACAAUAAAUGGCUGAUUUUGAUUCAGUUUAGUCCUUUUAAAUCACUACAAUCUUAAAAGUUUAUUGCUGCAUUUCAUUCAGCAGUUUCUUUACUUAAUUGUUUAAUGUCAACUACUGUAUGACUUAUACAUAUUUCACCACUUUUUUAGUUGGUGUGACUUUUCAGCAGUCAUGGAAAAAGGCCCUUAAAAAAGCAGUUCCAUCAAACCAUGGUAUUUUAAUAACUGGAAUCCUUUAAAGUGCAAACUGAUUUCUCAAAGUUUUGGAAUAUGAAAUGGGACAAAAUCUGUGCUGUUUUAAUGUAUUUCUGAUUUGUUUUAUUUCUUUUGAAGAAGUUAAGAUUAUAGCAUGUAUAUAGAAAUUGUGACUGCUUGGUUACCUACCUGCAUUCUUUAAAUACUUUGCUGAGAUUAUUGUAUAUUUUAUGGAUAAUAAAACAAAAAUGUGAGUUGUAUGUAAUUAAGUGUUGCAUUCUGUGUAUUUGUUUUAAUCCCAGCUGAUGUUAUUACUGGACAAGUCAGAUCCCAGACUGAAAUCUGUCUUCAUAGAUCAUAUUUUUUUUAAUAGAUUAGAAUAACCUAUACUGUUUGUAUAUGAACACAUGUUUAAAGAUGUUGGAACACAUGGUUAAAAAUACAAUUCCAUUAAUCCCAGCACUACACCAUUGAGUCGUCAUGCCAGAGAAUCCCAUACAGGGUUUGGCUUAGCUGUGGCUUCAGUUCCCUGUCCUGAUAAUCUGAUAGCUUCUACCUUGAUUUCUCAGCUUCCCCUUCAAGGUUUUAGCCAAACACUUCUGGUCUAGAGCUUUUAAACUAAGCUACCUGCACUGAUGUAACUUCUUCGUUAAUGGUCCUGAACUACCUCUCUUUUUCUGGACCAAUUGUUUUACAUAUUCAUCACCCAAUACCUCUGCAAAUCUGCCCAAACUGAAAAUAAAAAGAAUUUUUUUCCAAAUUAUCAGUGUUUUCCCUAAAUUCCAAAAAAAGUCCAGAAUCUUCUAUCUGAAAAUCUUGCAUUACAUUGUUUACUUUAUUCACUCAAACUUUCCCAAAGUAAACCCCAUUACUGCCCAUAAAGUUUCUCUCUAAUAACUGUGCUUUAAAAGAACUCAUCAUCGUUAGUGAUAUUUGCACAUUAAUCAUUAAACCCCUUCAGAUAGAAAAAAUCCAUUUGCCGCAUGUCCAAAAUUCAAAAAUUCAAAAUAAAUGAUAUUUAAAUAUAUAUCAGUCUUACAUCACAGUAUUUUCUUAUAAUUUUUAGAAUAUAGCUAAAACUAAAUCCUCCAUGUUUUGAUAUGUAAGCUGACAACAUCUAGCUUUACCAUUCACUUACCGUUGAUUCAUUGUUUGUGGCUACGCUGUCCAGCUGCCUUUCUGACAUUGGUUGAACUGAAAUUUGAAGCUCAAUUGAUCACUUAGACUGUUUACUUCCACCUUCAGCAUGUAGCUCUCUCAAAAUUGAGGACAGCUAUCUUCUUAAACUGUUAUAGUUUAUGUGGUGUAUGUACAUUUAUAGUACUGUUAGGAGGGAAAUUCCAGAUUUUUGACUCCACAACAAAAAGAAAGAGUGAUUGUUGCGGUCAGGAUGGUGUGUGGUUUGGAGGAAAACUUGGAGGUAAUGGUGUUCCCAUGCACCUGCCGCCCUUGGCCUAGCUAAUGAAGAUUCUGGGUUCUGAGGUAUUGUCAUCAGAGAUUUACUAAGUUGCUGCAGUGCAUCUUGUAGAUGGUGCACAUUGAUGUUAGUCUGUAUUACUGGUGGAAGGACUGAAUGUUGAAGGAGGAGAACGGAUAUCAAUCAGGCAGAUGCUUUAUUCUGGGUGGUGGUGAACUUUUUGAUUGUUGAAGCAGCCCUCUUCCAGGCAAAUGGAAAGUAGUCCAUUCCACUGCUAACUUGUGCCUUGUGGAUGAAGGCCGGGCUUUGGAAAGCUAUAAGACACCAUAGAAUUCCUGGCUUCUCAUCUGUUCUUGUAGCCACAGUAUGACUGAUCCAGUUAAAUUUCAAGUCAGUGGUAACCCCCCAGAGUUAUUAGUAAGGGAAUUCAACAACAGGAAUGUGUGGAACCCCGAGGGAUUUUGUGGCACAGUGGUAAUGUCCCUAUCUCUGAGUCAGAAGACUCAAAUUCAAGUCCCACCUGCUCCAGAGGUGUGUAAUAACAUCUCUAAACAGAUCAAUCAGAAAAUAUUUACCCUGAGAAACUCUUGCAGUGAUGUCCUUGGAUUGAGAUGAUCACUUCCUGCCACAACUAUCUUCCUUUGUGUUUGGGAAUGGCUCCAACCGGUGAAUUGUUUUCCCCCGAUUCCAAGUGACCCCAUUGCUGGGUCUCCUUGAAACUUCACUUGGUCAAAUGCUGCCUUGGUGUCAAGGGCUGACAUUGACAUUGUCACCUCACCUCAGACCCAAAGUUUAAAAGAAUAAGUGGUAACUUGAUUGAAACAUUCAAGAUUCUGAAGGGCAGUGAGAAGGUAGAUGUUAGGAAGAUGUUUCCUGUUUGGGGAGAAUCUAGAACUAGGGGUCACUGUUUAAAAAAACUAAUCGCCCAUUUAAAACUUGUGAGGCUUUGUACCUCUCUUUCUGAAAAGGUGACAAAAGCAGAAUAUAGAUUCUUGUUAAGCAAGGGGUUGAAGGUUAUCAGGGUAGGCACGUAGGUUGGCACUUCAUUUUUAGGUUCACCUGAUGCCACUCCUGGCAUGUCCUCCUGCUCUCUGCUUGCUCAAUAUUGUUGAUGUUUUUAAAAACACUAACCUUAACGUAAAUGAUGUUGAAAAUAAAAGCUCACAAUUGGAUCUUAAUUAUAAAUUACUGAAAUGGUACUCCUUUUUGCAGUUCUGAUACUUGGCUAAUUUUCUCCUUGUUUCAACUGCCUGUGCACAGCAAAUCCAUUUUGUGGCUCCUUGACUCGUUGUUUCCUCCUUAAUACAGAAUUGCUUUUUCAUGGAAGUGUAAACACUGGAAACACAUUUCCUUGGUACCAUAUAGGCUAGCCUGCUAAAUCAUCUGAGAAUUUUUAUGGGAGUGAUAUGAAAGUAAGGAAACACUGUGUCCUGUUGACUAUUCUCUGCCAGGCAUCCUUCCAAACACUCCUCCUACAGGUCACUGGUCUCUGACAGGACAAUCAAUUACAUUCAAAUAACUUUUUCUCCUAUUGAAAAUGAUCCAUCUGGAUCUGUUUCCAGAGCUCAGUCUUAAUAUUUCUGGGCAACUUUAGAGGCAUUUAUAAGUUUUAGCUUAUUUGUUCAAGACUCAAGCCUGUUUUUCUUAGUUCAUGAUCUAUCAUGUCACUGAUUCCUUGUAAUGUAACUUCUUUGCUUGAAAAUAGCUUGCAUAAAUAAAAUCACAAUUCAUAUUUUGUACCUUCCUGUCCCUAUUUCCAAUGGAACAGUUUUAGUCCUUUUGGUAUCCUUUGCUUUAAUUUUUGACUUGUCUCUGGUUAUAUAACACUGCCACCUUGUGAGCAGAAAUGCAAGUUAAAAAGUACAAGGUGAUGAUUUUACUGGUUUGUAAUAAGUAAUUUCUAACAAGAAUUUUUUCUCAACAUGAACAAUUAAUCAGUGCCUAGAAAGGUCAAGAUGCUUCAAAAGAGGUCAGUUUGCACACAAGGUAGCACCUAAGCAAACACUUUCUUAGCCGGUGAGACUUGUACAGUGUAUUGUUUGUAAAUGCAGUUUGAUAGUGAUGCAUGUAAAAGACUGAAUAAAAUCCAAUGUUUCUGGUU